CUCACCAGCGCCCCCUGCUCACCGCCCCCCCUGCUCACCAACACCCUGCUCACCGCCCCCCUCCCAGGCAGCACACUGAUGAUCUUUCUGCAACUGUUUCUUUCGGGGGCUCUACCAGGCCAGUGCCCAGCUUCUGUUGCCGCCGCCUUAGCUCUGGGUGGGCUCUUGGCCUUUCCAAGGCUGUGACAUCAUGAGCAAAAGCCGCAGUAUUUGCGAGCGCGGGAAACAGCCUUCCUGGGGCGACGUCACCUGCAGUUGCCCCCGCAUCUCUGUGCCGGGUGCUUCUCCCCCAGCACCACAUCGGGGCGCCAGGCGCUCCCAGCAUCUGCCACUUGGGUUUUAGGAAACUCAGAGCGAAAUGGCACUUCCUCAUGGCUCUAGUUUCCUGGCCUGAGUGGUGGACGCUCAGGCCUCGUCCGACUUGCUGGCCACACGCUCUGUCUGCCAUCGAAUAUUUUUAAGUUGUUCGUUGUGCAUGGAUUUAAUUUGUCGCUCCAUUAUCCCGCUGUGCUCAGAGUGGAAUCCACACCCGCUCCCGCUGCAGCAGGCCCCCAGAUCUGUCCUGGGCUUUCUCCGUCCGUCUGUCCAGAAAGCAGGCCUCACCCUCAUGUUUUCAACACACAGCCCCUGUGGUCCUGGAGCGCGCCAGCCUCUUCUCUGCAGGGCCCGCUCUUGCUCUGCAGUGCUGUGUCCACGGAGUGGUCAGCAGCCUUCCCAGUCACUGGGCGCUCGGAUCAAAGGCACCUCCUUGCAGCCCCUUAGGGAGGGGGCGUGGCCAUCCUCUGCUCACCUUGACUUACCUCUCUGGAAUGUCGGCUGAUGGUGGCCGCACGGCCUCCAUUAUUCUCGUCUCUUCAACAGCACAUUUACUCCAAGAAAGAGGACACUGUCCAGGUCAGUGAUGACCGAAUAAUCUCACCCCUUAGUGGACGCUCAACAAAUGUGCUGGUGAGCCACAGAGGGCACUGACUUGAAGCAGCGACUUUUGUGACUGUCCAACAUGCUGUUUGUAGCUCAGUAACUCUGGCAAGCUGUCGCACCUUCCGAAGACCGAGGUUUCUCGCCGCAAUUGGGGGAACAUUUAACCUCGCCAAGAAACUGCUGCAGCUGUAACGCAUGCAAAGCCCUCAUCUCAGCAAGACCCUCGCAACGAUGUGUGUGAUUAGUAAGUCGUGGACUUCACUCCUGGUAUCGUCACGGCACACUCUGACUUACGAGCACCAUCUACUUCCGUAUGUAGGCGCGUGCGCACACACACACGCACACACACGUGCACAUACUCACACACACGAGGAGGAACAGCCAACUCCGGGCAUCUUCACACCUACCUGUCCACAAUCACAGGCGACGCUGCGGACGCCCUGGCUAUCUCGGUAGCCACGAUGUAAUUGCCCAAGGAGUAAAAAGCUCUUCUAAUGAUUGUUGGUUCCUCGUCAAAGAUUUGUCUCCAGUGGCCGAUGCAAGCGGGUGGAGACCUCAAGAGGACAGCCUGGAGCGACUCGGCCACCGCCUGGGUCACGGUGGUUUUACCUGCAGGCCAGGGACAAAGCACAGCACAUCUUGGCCCGUGCCAGGCCGCCCCCAAGCCAACACCCGCUCAGAGGGCACAGAGCCAUCCCUUCUGCCUGGGGUCGCUAGUUCGGAUCUUUAUCAAGAGCUGCCCCCCUGAGGAACCUGGACUCCUCUGCUGGCGAUCAGAACACCUGGAGGGAAAACACAGGGUCCUCUGGGCGUACAGGAGGGGCCAAGUCUGCGGGCGGCCGGGCGCUGGGGCCAGCUCCGCCUCAUUGGGACGCCUUCAGCUGACUGACGGGGAGAAGCCCCUUCUGCCGUCCAUUCCCAUCCUGGAGCAGCUCGUGUUCCCCGAGACCAGCCUCCUCUGCCAGGGCUGACCUGGAGCACUGCUCCUGCUCCCCUGUCCUGUGAGCGGCUCCAGGCAGCUGCGACCUCCAUUUGGCAGCCCCCAAGGCUUCUUCCCUCCGGCCCCUGUCCCCCCACAUUUUGCGCCAACAGGCACCUUGACCUGCCUGUCCCCCUGGACGCACUCCAGGCUGGUGUCCCUCACCUUGGCCCACGUGGACUCCUCUGACUGGAGGACCCGCCCUCUGCCCAGCUCGGAAAACAGAGGCCGGGGACGGCCCUGGCUGAGCUCUCCCUGACAGCAAUGCCACCCUCAUGCCCCAGCCCAGCCGCACCCAGCACCCGGGGUCCCCGUGUCCUGCCCAGCAUGGGCGGGCGCCUUCCCCUCCAGCUCCCGGACCUGCGGCCCCAGAGCUUGAGGACUCCAAGCCCAUGUGAAGUUUCGUGCCCAGACCUGCCGUCCAGCAGCCUGUCCACCCACCACCGACCGCGCUGUCUCUCACGGAGGGCCCUGCUCGUACCUGUGGCGUCCAGGCCUUCAAUGACGAUGACUGGGAACUUCCCCUUCUGCACCUGCUCCGGGCACUGGUCCACCAGGUCAAGCACCGCGCGGGCCUCGGGGAUGAAGGGUGUGCACUGGAAGGAAGGUCUGGGCCUCAGCAGGAAGCCAAGCCUGUGGCAGAAACCGCCCCUAACCGCCCAGUGCAGGCUGGCCUCCUGCCCAGGGGCUGCCCCAGCCCGUCGCAUGACUAAGGAGAGCUGGGCCCCUCUAUUUCAUCCCGUGCCACUGAGGCUCAAAGGUCCUCAAAGAGGACCGCUCUGCACCCUCACUGCCCAGCUGCCCCGGGAGGGAGGACCAGCAGGACGAAAAACCCGAGAGUGGAGCCACAAGGCUGGCCUGCUGAGGGGUAUCCAAAGAAAAAGUAGGGGGUCGCCCCACAGGCUUGGAGGGCUCCACCACCACCUCUCCCUUCCUACUUGACCAGGGCGAGUGGACAAUAGUGCACAGCGCUGGAACCACUGGGUUUGGGCGGCCAGAGCUUCUGGGAAUGAAAGGUCCUGGGGGCCUGGGUUCAAUAGCAUCACGGCAACCGGAUGGCCAGACCCGCGUCCUCACUGCUGCGCUCCCGGGAGCCAGACCACAUCCUCGGUGCUCCCGCUUCAGGGAACUCGGGGAGGUGGUGCUGUCGUCACCCCACCCCCCCGGAUUCAGGGAACUGGGGCCAAGAAUGACACCUCCAGAAAGGGACACUGUUCACAAAUGCCAGUCUGGGUUCAGCCCCACCGCUGGUCCCUGCAACAGUGAAACCUGGUCUUGCUCGCUAGCCGCUCCCUCCCCACCGUCCAGGAAGCCCUCAAGGCACCUGAGUCCAGGGCAGGGCGCAGUGGGCACCCAUACGCGGCCAGGCCGUGGUCAGAGACCAUUUUAUCCGGCCUGCUCCGAAGCCCUGCUGGCGUCAGAGGUCACUUUCAUUGUCACAUCGACACUGCGGGGCUUCCUAGACGGCAUCAUCUCUGCCACCAGCGGCGCCCCCUCCCCGUCUGCGCUACCUGCAGCGAGCGGUGCGGCAGGGCAUGGCAGGCCCCUGGUGCGGCUGGAGGUUCCCAGAGGCAAGAACCUGCAGCGAUGCCGUGUCUGUGACGCGGGAGGCCUCGAAAACUGCCUUGGAAGGGAAGAAGGGACAGGAAGGCGCGAGAACGCCUGGCCGCACGGGCGGAUGAGCUGACGAGCUGGUGCAUGAAGACAGGAAGCUGCUCGGGCAGAACAGACAUAGGAAGCAACAAUGAAAAAUGCCGUGAUGGCAGCGCCGUUCCGGGCCUGGGCCCCCCGGCGUGAGAAGCCAGCGGGUGUCCAGGCCCGCACCUGCCGCCUUGCUAGCGCCGGGAGGCUGCUCUGGUGUGUUGCGCCUGAGACGCCCAGCGCUAGUCCUCGGGAUGCCCCUGAAUCCGUAAACACCCCCCGCGAGUGAGACCUCCUACCAGAACCCCAGGUAAAGUGAAAAUCACCUUGUUUCCAUUCUGGAAUAAUAGCAGGAAGCCCCGACUGACCCUUGGAAUUUUCCAGGCUCCAUUCCAAGUGAUUUACUUCAGUGAGAAUUUUUAGUCUUCCCAAGACUCCCGUGAGGAGACCCAGGCUGGCAGCGCAGCCGGAGACCAGAGGCAUCAGCGCCUCGCCCGAGCGGGUGGCAAGCCUGGUGUGCAGCUCCAGAAGCCAGGACACCCCGGUUUCCUGCGCUCAGACCCUGGGGGAGGAGGCACACAGCCUGGGGGCAACGUGAACAGCCCUGUCUGAGAAAGCAGUAAAACUAACCCCGAGCGUCUCGCCCGCUGAGACGCAGCUUAGCACAGCAUCCGGCUUCUUGUUGCUCGGAAGGCUGCAGACUCCUGGCCGGCCGGGAGCGAAUGCAAGCUGCGGAGGCUGGGAACAGCUCGUUCCCAGAUCCAUUCACAUGCCGUCCAGGAGGCAACAACUGCAAGAAUGAACCAAGCAGACACCCUCUCCUCGGUGACGGCCGCGGAGCAGCGCCUCGCAGGGAAGGGGCGGGCGGCGCUGGGCCCGGUGGGGAAGGCGAAUGCCGGCCAUGGUGAUGCCCGGGGCCGUGAGCCCGACCGCACAGCACGUCCCAGCCAGCGCGGCUGUAGAGAAACGCAGGGAGACGUGAACAUGUGUGUUCCAGGGCCCUCGAGGGACAUCAGUGAAGCAGGAGGAGGGCGCCAGCCGGUCGGCUCCACACACUCUCUCUGCCCGCUCGGGGUCUGCCCCUCCGCGCUCUCUGGGCCUCAGGAUGAACUUGGCUGAACCCGUACGGGACGGACAGGGCAGAAGCCUUAGGGGGGGCCCUUGUGUGCAAGACCCCCCAUUCCCGAGGGGGCAUGUCAGGACGGCAGUGUCCCCGGAAGGCCGUGUCCGCAGAGGCGGCCCCUGACCAGAGAUGGGCUGGGGCCACAUCCUGGCUCGUCUUGGCCGGGCUCCAACUUUCGUUUUCUUGAAGGGAAAAAUGAAACUUGCGCUCAGCUGAGAGGCAGGCAGAGGGUGUGUCCGUCAUCUGGUGACAGGUGCUCGGUGCAUAUAAACACCUGGGCCACGGGGCAGCCACAUUCCUGCCACCAUGUGGGUGCUGGUGGCCCCGGCCUUCGCCGGGAAGCUGCUGGGCGCCCUGUGGAGCAGCCUGCUCCCCCUGCUGUCCUGGCUCCGGGCCACCUUCUGGCUGGCGGGGACGGGGACCAAGCAGCCGCAGCCACUGCCGGGCGGCGCAGGGGCAGAGGCGUCCGCGGAAGAGGCAGAGGCCGAGGGCCUGGCGACCACCACCCCCACCAGCGUCAACUACCACUUCACCCGCCAGUGCAACUACAAGUGCGGCUUCUGCUUCCACACGGCCAAGACCUCCUUCGUGCUGCCCCUGGAGGAGGCCAAGAGGGGGCUGCUGAUGCUGAAGCAGGCAGGCAUGGAGAAGAUCAACUUCUCCGGGGGAGAGCCGUUCCUGCCCGAGCGCGGCGAGUACCUGGGCCAGCUGGUGAGGUUCUGCAAGGAGGAGCUACGCCUGCCCAGCGUCAGCAUCGUGAGCAACGGCAGCCUGAUCCGCGAGAGCUGGUUCAAGGCCUACGGUGAGUACCUGGACAUCCUGGCCAUCUCCUGCGACAGCUUCGACGAGAGUGUCAACGUCCUGAUCGGCCGUGGCCAAGGGAAGAAGAACCACGUAGAAAAUCUCCAGAAGCUGCGGACGUGGUGCCGGGACUACCGGGUGGCCUUCAAAAUAAACUCCGUCAUCAAUCGCUUCAACGUGGACGAGGACAUGAACGAGCAGAUCCGCGCCCUGAGUCCCGUCCGCUGGAAGGUCUUCCAGUGCCUCCUCAUCGAGGGCGAGAACGCGGGGGCGGACGCGCUCAGGGAGGCCGAGAGAUUCGUCAUCAGCGACCAAGAAUUCGAAGCCUUCCUGGAGCGCCACAGAGACGUGCCCUGCUUGGUGCCCGAGUCCAACCAGAAGAUGAAAGACUCCUACCUUAUUCUGGAUGAGUACAUGCGCUUCCUGAACUGCCAGAAUGGGCGGAAGGACCCUUCCAAGUCCAUCCUGGACGUUGGAGUAGAAGAAGCGAUCAAAUUCAGCGGAUUCGAUGAAAAGAUGUUUCUGAAGCGAGGCGGGAAGUACGUCUGGAGCAAGGCGGACCUGAAGCUGGACUGGUAGGGCUGAGCGUGGCCCGCGCGGGGCCGCCCGGCA